CCACGGCAACAGCUUACCUUUUGGCGGGAAAAUGUUAUUCAUUAAUUCUAUUUUAUCUCCUUUUAAUUGAGAUACUUCUUCUAUAAAAUUGUAUUUUAUGCUUGAAAUAUUAUAGCUGAGAAAAAUUAUUGAAAAAAAAAAAAAAUUUAUUUUUUGAAAAAAGAUAUAAUUGUAAAUGCUUUAAUAUCUAUUUCAAAUGUACCGCUUUUCUGCAUGAAAUUUAUCUAUGUUCCGGCAUUGGAUCGAGUUUAGAAAAAGAAAGUUUAUGUUAAUUGAUGUCAAGAAAAUUUCGAAAAUACUUGUUAGUUAUUAUUCAUAAAUUUAUAAAUUUUAUAUCAUUAAAUGUAUUUACUUUGAUUGUUUCUUUACUUUGAUGUAUUUAAAGCUUUAACUCUAUGCUUAAUAUUUAUUUUAAUUUAUGAAGAAAAAUUUAAAGUAAAUAAAUGCUUACGUUAACCGAAUAUCGUGUAAAAGUUGUAUACAUACUUUUAUAUGAGUUUAUUAAAUCUUUUCAAGAAUUUGUUUCUUUUUUAUUUAUAAUUUUAUAUUAUUAAUAUUUCGAAAGUACAAUAAAAUUUACACAUUAAGUUUUUCAAUCAUAAUAUUAAUACGUCAUUUCUAAUAUACAUUUAUUUCUGAAAUUAAAAAAUGGCUGAUGAAGAAGAAGAGAAAGAAUAUAGAUGGGAGACUGGUUAUGAAAAGACAUGGGAAGCUAUCAAAGAAGAUGAUCAUGGAUUAUUGGAGGCAUCAGUUGCAGAUAUUAUUCACAAUGUUAAAAGAAAGCGUCAGAUGGAAAAAAAAGUUGGUGCUAGAUUAGGAAUGAUGAGGCAUCUUUAUGUAAUUCUUGAUGCUUCAGAAUCAAUGUCUAUUCAAGAUUUAAAACCAACUCGUUUUUUAUGUUCAUUAAAGCUUUUAGAAGAUUUUAUUGAAGAAUUUUUUUAUCAAAAUCCUAUUAGUCAGUUAGGAGUAAUUAUUACAAGGAAUAAAAGAGCAGAAAAAGUUAGCGAAUUAACUGGAAAUUCUAAAAAACAUGUUAAGGAAGUACAAAGUAUGCAACAAAUUACUCCAGCAGGUGAACCUUCAUUACAAAAUUCUAUAGAACUAGCUUUAAAAUCAUUACGUCUUCUACCAUCACAUGCUAGCAAGGAAAUACUUAUAAUAGUAGGAGCACUUACAACAUGUGAUCCAGGAGACAUCAAUGAAACUAUUAAAAACAUGAAAUCAGAUUCUGUCAGGUGUAGUGUGAUAGGAUUGGCUGCUGAAUUAUAUAUUUGUAAAAGAAUGGCUACAGCAACUGGUGGAGAGCAUGGUGUUGCCCUAGAUGAUAAACAUUACAAAGAACAAUUAAAUAUGCAUAUAGAUCCACCACCAGCUGCUACUAGAUUAGAUGCUGCUCUUGUAAAAAUGGGUUUUCCUCAUCAUGCAUUACAUUCUUCUACAAAUGAUUCAGCUAUGGCAGUUUGCAUGUGUCAUGCAGAAAGUUCAGAUGAAUCUGUCAAACUUCUUAGUACAGGAUAUCUCUGCCCUCAAUGUUUAAGUAAACAUUGUGAACUUCCAGUAGAAUGUAGAGCAUGUGGAUUAACUUUGGUAUCUGCUCCACAUUUAGCACGAUCUUAUCAUUAUUUAUUUCCUGUUGAACCUUUCAAAGAAGUUGAAUAUAGGAAAGAAGUUACAUUUGAGCAUCCUUCAAUUUGUUAUGGUUGUCAAAAAAUAUUUUCACAAAAAGAUAAAAAGGUAUAUAUUUGCAAUAAAUGUAAUCAAACAUUUUGUUUAGACUGUGAAAUAUUUAUUCACGAAUCUUUACAUACAUGUCCAGGCUGUGCUACUAAUCCUGAUACAUAUCAAAAAUCCACAGAUAGAAUUUAAUUUAUUUAAUGUAUGUAAAAUAAAAUUAAUAACUUUAAUAAUUUUUUAUUUUAAUAAUUUAUUUUAAAUGAAAUAUUUUAAUAGAAAAUAUUAUAACUUAAGACCAAUUUUAUAUGAAGAAUUUUUAUAUUGUGAAAUUAACUGAUACAUAUAAAAAAUAUUGUCUCUUAUUAAAGAGAAAUGGAUCAAUGAAAAGACAAUAAUAACGAUAAUAAAUAUUUUUUUCUUUUUUUUCACAAUAAUCUGUUAAAUAUUUACGUAACAAAAUUAUUUUUGCAAUUCAUGUAAAUAUAAUAAAUAUAUUUAUAUAAAUAAAUUAAACAAUUGUUCUAAUCAAAAUAUCUAAUAUAUAUAUCUAUAUUCAUAAUGCUUUUAAUAUAAUAACAGUCUAUUACUAAUACAGUUUAUUAUUUUAUUAACAGAUUUUUAGAAUGUUGAUAAAGAACGAUUUAAUUAAAGUUAAAGAAAAACUUAAAACUUAAGAGAUAAAGUUUUUUUAUAUACAAUUUUUCUUUCAAAAUUUGAGAAACCCGAAAUCUGCGACCGGUAAUGUAGUUACUUUAAGAAUAGCUUUUAGUGGGGGGUAAUCGUGGUUUAUUAGUAAGCGGACAGGUGGAAGCGAACAUCAUGAUAUUAGAGCACAUUAUUAGUUUGCGACCGUCCUCCGGCGCGACCGGUUUCACAGUGUCGACCCACUUCCGAUUCAAUUACAUAUAUUUAUCUUACCCGGUCAAAGUGACUUUAUAUGUGAGAAAUUUUCUACACAUCUAGUUUCCUUCUCAAUCUUCGAGAUCAGAUCUGGAAUCCGGAAUUUACUUGAAUACACAAGAACUCUUUUCGCGGUCAAAGCAUAUCUCUAAGUACAAUAUAUAUUUUAAACGCUAACAUUAUAUUGUUGUUUAAUUGCUUAAAUGACUUUGGAAAUUUGGAAUUAUCAUUUAAAAUACAAGGAAA